AUGUCCGGCCCCGCCCCGACCCCGCCGCCGCCGCCUCCUCCGGCGGCGGCGCCGGCCCGCCCCGUGCGCUACGACUUCCUCAACUCCAAGCCGCCCCCCAACUACGUCGCGGGUCUCGGCCGUGGCGCCACCGGCUUCACCACCCGUUCCGACAUCGGGCCGGCCCGCGCGGCCCCGGACCUCCCAGAUCGCUCCGCUGCCGCCGCCUCCGCCGCCGCCCCAUCCGUCGGCCGCGGCCGCGGGAAGCCCCCCGGCGACGACGACGGCGGCGACGAGGGCGGCGACGAGGAGAAGGGGUACGACGAGAACCAGAAGUUCGACGAGUUCGAGGGCAACGACGCCGGCCUCUUCUCCAACGCCGACUACGACGACGACGACCGCGAGGCCGACGCCGUCUGGGAGAGCAUCGACCAGCGGAUGGACCUGCGCCGCAAGGACCGACGCGAGGCGCGCCUCAAGCAGGAGAUCGAGAAGUACCGCGCCUCCAACCCCAAGAUCACCGAGCAGUUCGCCGAUCUCAAAAGAAAACUCGCAGACGUGUCCAUGCAGGAGUGGGAGAGCAUUCCCGAGAUCGGGGACUACUCGGCGCGCAACAAGAAGAAGCGUUUCGAGAGCUUCGUGCCCGUGCCGGACACGCUGCUCGAGAAGGCUCGGCAGGAGCAGGAGCACGUCACGGCGCUGGACCCCAAGAGCCGUGCCGCUGGCGGCACCGAGACGCCGUGGGCGCAGACGCCCGUCACCGAUCUCACUGCUGUCGGCGAGGGCCGUGGCACCGUGCUCUCGCUCAAGCUGGACAGGCUCUCCGACUCCGUUUCCGGGCUUACCGUUGUUGAUCCCAAGGGAUACCUUACGGACCUCAAAAGCAUGAAGAUUACCAGCGAUGCCGAGAUCUCUGACAUCAAGAAGGCCAGGCUGCUGCUCAGGUCUGUCACCCAGACAAAUCCAAAGCAUCCUCCAGGUUGGAUUGCUGCUGCUAGGCUUGAAGAGGUUGCCGGGAAGCUCCAGUCCGCACGCCAGCUCAUUCAGCGCGGCUGCGAGGAGUGCCCCAAGAAUGAGGAUGUUUGGUUCGAGGCGUGCCGCCUCGCUAGCCCAGAUGAAGCAAAGGCCGUCAUUGCCAGGGGCGUCAAGGCAAUUCCCAAUUCUGUCAAGCUCUGGCUGCAGGCAGCAAAGCUAGAGACUAGUGAUCUGAAUAAGAGCAGGGUUUUAAGGAAGGGCUUGGAGCACAUUCCUGAUUCUGUCAGGCUGUGGAAGGCUGUCGUGGAGCUGGCCAACCAGGAGGACGCAAGGAUGUUGCUCCACAGGGCUGUCGAGUGCUGCCCACUUCAUGUCGAGCUCUGGCUCGCCCUAGCAAGGCUCGAGACGUAUGACCAGGCAAAGAAGGUGCUUAACAAGGCCAGGGAGAAGCUCAACAAGGAACCUGCCAUUUGGAUCACAGCUGCUAAGCUCGAGGAGGCUAAUGGGAAUACCCAGUCCGUAAACAAGGUGAUUGAGAGAGGUAUAAGAUCUUUGCAGAGAGAAGGCCUGGAUAUUGACAGGGAGGCAUGGCUAAAGGAAGCUGAAGCUGCGGAGCGUGCUGGUUCUGUGCUUACUUGCCAGGCUAUUGUGAAGAGCACUAUUGGAGUUGGGGUUGAGGAUGAGGACCGCAAGCGAACAUGGGUUGCUGAUGCCGAGGAGUGCAAGAAACGAGGUUCAAUUGAGACUGCUCGGGCCAUCUAUGCACAUGCUCUUAGUGUGUUCCUUGGUAAGAAGAGUAUAUGGCUUAAAGCAGCGCAGCUUGAGAAGAGCCAUGGGACGGGAGAAUCUCUUGAAGCCAUUCUCAGAAAGGCUGUCACGUACAAUCCAAAAGCUGAAGUGUUAUGGCUUAUGGGUGCAAAGGAGAAAUGGCUGGCUGGUGAUGUCCCUUCAGCCCGGGCCAUUCUUCAGGAAGCUUAUGCAGCUAUCCCCAAUUCAGAGGAGAUCUGGUUAGCUGCAUUCAAGUUAGAGUUUGAGAACAACGAGCCAGAGAGAGCAAGAAUGCUUUUGGCCAAGGCCAGGGAAAGAGGAGGUACUGAGAGGGUUUGGAUGAAAUCAGCAAUUGUUGAGAGGGAACUAGGAAACGUGGACGAGGAAAGGAGGUUGUUGGAGGAAGGUCUGAAGCUAUUCCCCUCGUUCUUCAAAUUGUGGUUAAUGCUUGGACAGAUGGAAGACCGGAUUGGCCAUGCUGCAAAGGCAAAGGAGGUUUACGAGAAUGGUCUCAAACACUGCCCAAGUUGCAUCCCGCUUUGGCUCUCGCUGGCUAGUCUAGAGGAAAGGAUAAAUGGCCUGAGCAAGUCACGCGCUUUCCUCACCAUGGCAAGGAAAAAGAAUCCAGCUACACCUGAACUAUGGCUUGCAGCAAUUCGAGCAGAGUUGAGGCACGGUAAUAAAAAAGAAGCUGAUUCUCUUCUAGCCAAGGCAUUACAAGAGUGUCAAACAAGUGGCAUUUUGUGGGCUGCAGCUAUUGAGAUGGUGCCACGUCCCCAACGCAAGUCAAAGAGCUCAGAUGCUAUAAAGCGAUGUGAUCAUGAUCCACAUGUCAUUGCAGCUGUAGCCAAACUUUUCUGGCAUGAUAGGAAGGUUGACAAGGCCAGGAGUUGGUUGAACAGAGCUGUUACUCUUGCUCCUGAUAUUGGGGAUUUUUGGGCAUUGUUCUAUAAAUUUGAACUUCAGCACGGAAAUGCGGAUACACAAAGGGAUGUUCUAAAAAGAUGCAUUGCAGCUGAACCAAAACAUGGGGAGAGGUGGCAAGCUAUAAGCAAGGCUGUUGAGAACUCACAUCAGCCAGUUGAUGCCAUUCUGAGGAGAGUUGUUCUGGCUCUUGGUGCAGAAGAAAAUCCCAACGCCGCGGAACCAUAGUCCUUAACUGUUUUCACAAGGUCUAAAUCUUUGUCACGUGGGCACACACCAUAGCUAAAUAAAGAAGAAAGUUUCAAUCGGAUCGAGGAGUGAAUGGGUCUGUGAUGACGUAUACUGUGCUGCCAAAACUGGUCAUGUUGUGUUGCCUGAGAUAGGGUGAUCAGCUGAAGAAAAGCUUUACUGCUGUGGUGGGACUGGAUGUCUUGGCCUUCCAUCGACUGCUUCUGUGCUGGAGAAGCUAUUUAUGUAUUCCUUGAGAUAUACCCUAUAAUGGUGUAGUUGCUACUUGAUUUCGCAUGAACGGUGUAAUAUGUUGCAGUUUAGCUACUAGAAUCUCACACUUGAUCAACUGAUAUUUGUUCGGCAUGUUGUACUUUAAACGAUGAUCUGUUUGAUAUUUGGCAUGUUUUUUGUAACCUCUAGUGUCGUGGCAGAGGUCUAGAAACUGGGCCGCAAAUGACCUCUGAGGCAUACAGCCCACUUGAUUUUUGUUUUGGUACAGAUACAUUCUUGCAAGCAUGAUUUUACUGAUUUAACCCUGUACAUACAAUGAACAGUUGUAUUUCUACAAUGUGGGGAGAUGCAAAAUUCGCAAUAUCCAGGGGGUA